CCAGACCCUCAACUGAGACUUCACAGCGCUGCUGUUUCCUCAACUUGCGCGCGGGAGUGGUGCCCCGAACGGUUCAGGAAAAGACCACUGCCCACCGCCUUGAUGACAACAUCUCCAUGUCCCCUCCCGGCUCAGGCUCUCCGGCAGUCCUCGGUCCACGGCCUCUCCCAGAUAACCAGCAGCCUGUACAUCAGCAACGGCGUGGCGGCCAACAACAAACUCAUGCUGUCCAGCAACCACAUCACCACGGUCAUCAACGUAUCGGUGGAGGUGGUCAACACUUUCUAUGAGGAUAUCCAAUACGUACAGGUGCCGGUGCCUGAUACUCCAAGCUCACGUCUCUACGACUUUUUUGACCCGAUCGCCGAUCACAUCCACAGCGUGGAGAUGAAGCAGGGCCGCACGCUGCUGCACUGUGCCGCCGGGGUGAGCCGCUCCGCUGCGCUCUGCCUCGCCUACCUCAUGAAGUACCAUGCCAUGUCGCUGCUAGACGCCCACACGUGGACCAAGUCGUGCCGCCCCAUCAUCCGGCCCAAUAACGGCUUUUGGGAACAGCUCAUUCACUAUGAGUUCAAGCUGUUCAGCAAGAACACCGUACACAUGAUCAAUUCCCCGGUGGGCGUGAUCCCUGACGUCUAUGAGAAAGAGGUCCGUUUGAUGAUGCAGAUGUGAACAGCACUUGACCCUGACCAUCGGCUGACGAUCCUACACCAACACUGAACUUGAACGUUGAACUUUUGUUGGUAAACAAAACGAGACGAUGCCUUUUAGAAGUGCCAGCAAAAAGGGAGCGUUGUUGGGAGUUUUUAGCUUAGUAAACUUUAUCUUUAAAGAAUAAAAUGCAU